AUGACCUUGUACUUUAACACCAUGCGCGGCGUCGUCGACAGCAUUACUACCCACAACGACGACUCGGGGUUGCUGUACGCCAACAUCAUGGGUUUCAGCGUACUCACCCCGGAAAACCUGAGUUAUACGAUUUCGUCCGAUAGUCUAGGAGACAGCGGCAUCAAAAGUACGGACAACAUGUCUCAGAACUUGAGCACCAUGCGCGGCGUCGCCAACAGCGGCACCAUCGAAAACGACGACUGGCUCGAUUUUUUCGACUUCGAGCUUUACAGUCAGGAGACGGAUCCUGCCGUUAACAUGGCCAGCGGUACUACCACCACCACCAACUCGCCAGUUAUGCUAGUCGACAACCCGACACUUGCCACCGACUCUGCAAUCGGUAAUACUGCCUACUACUACGAACCUGCUCCGGCAUUCAGCCUCACCCCCGGCAAUGCCAGGGCUCCUGGCCCCGCACCAGUGUCUGGUGCGCCCAUCGUUCAGCCCGGAGCCCGCACUUGCAGGAAGAACUUGAAGUUCCACAUGUCCAGGGAAACCGAACGCUUGGUGGCUCAACGUCUCAGAAAUGGCCAGUACACAUGCUCAGGAAAGUACUGCGGCCCUGUGGCUGCUCCCAACACCAGCUGCGCCGCCUGUAGGCAGCGCCUCAGGGCUCAUCGUCUGCGCAAGAAGCUGGCUCUCGUUGGCAAUGGCGCCCCGCCUACUGGCGGCGGUGCUGCUUCUUCGGCUUGA